AAAAAACUGAAAGUAGAAAAACUCAAACUUCAAAACACAAAAUGAAAACAGGAAAAAAUAUUUCUAAACACGCCCCUCCGAUUGUCAUUCAUGAUUUCACGCCUUAGUAAUUAAUUGGGGAUGCUCUAAGUUACUCGCCAUUAACACCUGAGUUCCAGCCUUCCAGGCUUCUAGCGUCGCUCACCCCCAAGCUCCGCCGGCCUCCGCUCCUCCCUGCUAGAUCCUCCGGCGACCACCUCUCUCCAGCCCAACUUCCCAUCCUAUUCGGUCCUCCACGGCUCGACUCCCCGCCUUCUCCAGUUCUCUUUGGCCCUUGGGGUUCAGCUUUGCCGUUUGCAUUUGAUAAUCAAGCUUCAUUCUACUUUAACAGCAUCACAAUGGAUGUUUGAGUUCACAGGGUAUGGUGGUGGUGAAGAGGUACGUCUUGAGAUUGUUCAUAUCUUUGAAGUACAUAACUGCAAAUGUGAUAGACAGGAACAACGGUAGGAUAGUUGCAACAGCGUCCAGCGUCGAGCACUCGCUCAAGAACUCGUUUGAAUGUGGAAGAAGCUGCAAUGCCAAAGCUGCUGCAGUUGUGGGAGAGGUCUUGGCCAGGCGCCUCAAAGUGGAGGGAAUCGAUCAAGGUGGAGGGGGAAGUGGAAUCCAUGUCAAUGUAACCAAGGAGGUUGAGAAGAAGGGCUUCAAGAACCGCACCAAGGUCUGGGCUAUAGUCAAUGGCCUCAAGAACAACGGAGUUAAACUUGUGAUGGAUGAUGUUGCUGAUGAUCUCACACCUUCCGGCUCUAGCCACUAAUGGACUAUGUACCUCCCCAUAUUCCACAUGUUGUAAAGAUUGUGGAACUUUAAAGUUUAUGAGGGUUAUUUAUCUUCAAUGCUUACUAAAAUUGUAUUUUAGCAUCUCAGCCUUCACAGAAUGCAUAUAUCUUAGUCCCAU